AGUACACUUGGCGAAAGUCACUCCAGCAAUCUUCAUUCGAUCAGUGCUCGAGGGACACCCUCGUGUUUACUUUGGCACAAGAUACCACUAGGAGUUUAAGAGUCAAACUUUUUUAAAGAAGGAAAGAUGGGAAGAAGCCCAUGUUGUGCUAAGGAAGGCUUAAACAGAGGAGCUUGGACUCCUUCGGAAGACAGAAUGCUGAUAGACUACAUCAAGUCCCACGGCGAAGGAAAAUGGAGAAGUCUUCCCAAACGAGCAGGUCUCAAAAGAUGCGGGAAGAGUUGCAGACUUCGUUGGUUGAACUAUCUAAGACCCGAUAUCAAGAGAGGAAACAUAACAGCUGAUGAAGAGGACCUCAUAAUCAGGCUACACAAGCUCCUUGGAAACAGGUGGUCCUUGAUAGCUGGAAGGCUUCCUGGGCGAACAGACAAUGAAAUAAAGAACUAUUGGAACACCACCCUCGCCAAAAAAAUUCGAGGUGAUCAAAACUUAGCCACCAGAUCAUCUUGUGUAAAACGCAAGCCAGCAUCAACAAUUAAGUCCAGAUCAGUCCCGGUACUGCAAAAUCUAACAAGCACGCAUCAGCCGCCAAAUUCAGAAAAGCUAGAAGGCUCCGCUACUCAUGUGGUCCGCACAAAGGCUAGAAGGUUAACUAAAGUUUUCAUCAAUGCAGACUUACAAACUUCUUGUACACAACAAGAACAACCCGGGAUGAUGAUGGCAGUGAAAGCUGCACCAUCCGGGGCUGAUGCCAAAUACGGCUUCAACGAUACUCGUACUAGUGACAACAGCGAAGAAGUUGGCCCCGAGCCAGCUUCAGGUGCUUUUUCUGGAGAAGAAGGCUACUACUCUUCGGACUUCAUGAUGGAUUUUGAAAUGGACGACGAUUUCCUUUCUGAAUUUCUCAACACGGAUUUCAUGGAAUUUGAACAGGAUUUUCCCGAGGGGCCCGCACAGGGUACCUGCAUUGAGGCCAAUGAUUUCUCUCCCAACUAUUGUCCAAGACCGCUUUCACAUGAUGAUCGGAAUGCUCAACCGGAUCUUGAUUCCAUGACGACUCUUCUUCAUACUGCUGUGGCCUGGCUUCAUGAAGACCAGUAAAUUAAGUUGCUAGAAAGAUCAUGUCUCCUUGUACUAGAGAAUUAGUGUGCUUGUAUUUUGUAUAUUUUUUUGGGUAAAUUAUCUUUGUGAUUAUUAAUAACGAGUAAAUCUUUCAUGCA